AAUUGUCGGCUCUCCCCGAUUCCAUCCACCGGUCGAACGCCAGACCCCAACGCGUCGUUUCCUCGAAGCCCACGGGAAUCUUUUCUUCUCAAAUUUUUUAUUGCAAGUGGAUCUUCUCCCCCAUCGCCAUGGCUCCACGCCUCCCCUUCUCCUUCCAGAACUCUCCACCCCAUUGACACCUCCCGAUCCCACUUGUAUCCGUCUAGAAGCUUCUGCUCUCAACUAUUUAAUCCUCUCCGAUCCUCUGCGUUCCCCUUUCUUCAUUUAAUCCAGAAAGUUGAUUCCAUUUCUAAACAUAAUCUUAUCGACUCGUAGCUCCAAAGAAGAAGGAAGAAAAAUCUCAUCUUUUCCUUAUUUCUUCUUCUAAUCCACUUCUCUAUUCUUCCUCACCGUCAUCUUUGGGGGCAUCCAAUUCGUCCUCCUUGUUCUCACCAGUGACCCAUUUGUUCGAACUCCUGUGCCAAUAUAAACAUCCGAUUUUUUUUUCGUUCCUUUGCAUCAGUGUACAUCAGUGUUCACCGUCUCCGUUUUGCAUUCAUUGUGCUUUUCUUUGAUUUUUGCUUAAAAUCUCUUCUAAUUUGUUGAUUAGUUGGCAUUUCUUGCAUCAAGAUCCAAUCUUGCUGUGAUUUUUUUUUUUUUUAUUUGAUCUUUGCGUGGGCUAUGGAUCCAGUGCUCAAUAUAGUGAAGGAGGAGUACCUGGAGGCAGAGGCGAUCUCGUCUCGCCUUGAGGACCCUCCGAUGGAGGCUCCCCGGCCGAUGGAGGGGCUGCACGAAGUCGGGCCGCCGCCUUUCCUCAACAAGACCUAUGACAUGGUUGAUGACCCGAAGACCGAUCGAGUGAUCUCGUGGAGCUCGACGAACAAUAGCUUUGUGGUGUGGGAUCCGGCCACGUUCGCCAUGACUCUGCUUCCAAGAUACUUCAAACACGGCAAUUUCUCUAGCUUUGUGAGACAACUCAACACAUAUGACUCUCUUAGGGGACGAGCAAUGAGAACCAUGUUGCCAAGACAAAAAUGUUUAUUUAUGCAGUGGUUGUGUUCCUAUUUCACUGUUCUUCUUUCUUCUGCCAUCUUAAUUCCGUGAAAAUAUUUUCUUGUUUCUGUUCUUGUGAGCACUUUGGUGAUGAUAAGGCUAAUGCCAUCACUGACAGAAAUAAUGUAAAGUGGAUAAAGUCCAUGUGUGCAAAAUUGAUGUAUCAAUAUUUGUUCUGAUGUGUUUUCAUGAAUUCUUCUCUGUAGCUACCCAGAACAAGCAAACUAGAACAAGCAAAAGAAGCAGAAUGUUCUGCCCUAGCAGGUCCCUGUGAACACCAUCCAAGAAUACUCUGUAGUACAGUUAUUUGUUUGCUUGUUGGUUAUUGCAAUACAUUUAAUUUCUUCUAUUCAGUAAUUUUUCACUUGCCCAAUUAUGCAAAUGAAUGUAAUCGAACAAUCUAUUUCUUUACACUAAAUAUAGAAAAUGAAGGAGAAGAAAGAAGAAAGAAGAAAGAAGAAGAAAAGAGAAUGCCUUAUCGCUGCGAAGGGUUUCAGAAAAGUGGAUCCAGAUACAUGGGAAUUUGCAAAUGAAGGGUUUCUCAGAGGACAGAGGCAUCUCCUCAAGACAAUCAAGAGAAGGAAGCCGCCCUCCUACCCUAACCCAAGGCAGCAAAAUCUUGAUCCAUGUCUUGAGGUGGGGCGCUUCGGAUUUGAUGGAGAAAUCAACAGGUUAAAACGUGACAAGAACAUCUUAAUGGCUGAGGUGGUGAAGUUAAGGCAAGAGCAGCAGACCACACGAGCUCAUCUCCAAGCUAUGGAAGACAGGCUACAUGGUGCAGAGCAAAAGCAGCAACAAAUGAUGGGCUUCUUAGCAAGAGCGGUGCAGAGCCCUGACUUCUUACAGCAAUUGGUGCAGCAGCAGGAGAGAAGAAAAGAGCUUGAAGAAGCCAUUUCUAAGAAAAGGCGCCGACCUAUAGAUAGAGUGCCUUAUCAUUAUGAGGGAGAACCAAGUGAGAGCCAGGAUUUUGAGGCACCAUUUGGAAUUGAAGCAGAAGAAAUGGGUAGCCUUUACGGGCCCGAAGUCUCUGAUUUGGAAAGUUUGGCACUGGAAAUUCAGGGCCUAAGGAAGAGUAAGGAGGAGGAGGAGGAGGAGGAUGACAAACCUAAAGAUAAACAAGGAGGAGGAGGUGAGGAGCUGAAUGAUGAUUUCUGGGAGGAGCUGUUGAACGAAGGGAUUGGAGAGAAUAAGGAUGGAUCAGAGGGAUGCGAUGAUCCAGAUGAUGUCAAUGUCUUGGCUGAGAAAUUGGGUUACCUGAGUUCUAGCAGCCCAAAAUAGAUAGCUAAACAUUUUAUCCUUGAGCUGAGAUAGCUAGUAGCUUUAGAUCAAGGAGGAGACAGAAUCCAAACAUCAUAUUCUUGAUAAUCAACAAUCCAUUCUCUCACAUUUAACCACUUUUCAUUCAAAUAUAUUUGUCUUUUUCUCAUUUGAUUAAACCUUUUAAUGUUCUCUGAGCAGAUUCGCAGACAACAUGCAUGUGCAUUCAAGUAAGUGGGGAAGCUUGCAUCUUCAGGGAUCUGAAGGUCUUUACCUUUUGCAAGUCUUUGUUGAAGAUCUCCAGGCUUGUUUGCAUGUUGAUGUGGGAUUGAAGCUUACUGAUCUUAGUUUGAGUCUUGUGGAUAAGGGGCCAUGUCUGUUAUAUCGCGAAGAUGUAACAUGUAGCCAUCGGAAUUGGCCAGCUAAUGGAGGAUUGUUUUGUUUAUUUUAGUUGUACUGCACUGGGCUGCUGAAUUGCUUGAGUUCUGUCUCCUCCUUUUAUCUUCUUCUCUCUGUGUCUUUGAGUUUUUUGUUUAAUAUUGAAUUUAGAGAAUUUAAGCUGGCCACCGAUGGUUUUUUGUUUACAGAUCAAGUAGCCCUGAGGAUAUGUACCUUUUAAGUAAAUUAUUUGUUCAUUUUGCUGACAAAA